AUGCGUUCCAUCACUUUCGUUCUUGCAUCCCUUGUCUCGGCCGCCGCCGCCGACUUCACCAUGUACUGCUGCGCUGGCGGAAACACGAGGAUCACCACUGGCGACAUCGCAUGGGCUCUGGAUGCCAAGAAUGGCCGAAUUAACGAGAUGGGUAUUGCUGGAGGCGCCACCUACCAUACCACCCUCGGCAUGUGCAAGUUUGGCAACCAGCCGAUGGCUUGCGGCAAAUACGUCACCUCAGCCCGAACCAGGGAUCGAGCAUCGACAAAGCUUAAGAACGGCCGUCUUUCUUGCGAAGACCCUGCAUAUCUAGAAGUUGACCAAUGGCACUGCCCAUUCUAA